AUGAGCCAGUUUCAAAAGUUAGUAAAAGAGUCAAGCUCCCAAUUUGAUUUUGAGCAGAGAGUGAGCAUCUCUCGUGACUACCAGGGUUCUCGGAGGAAGAAGAGAAGUAAGAAGGUGUCAAAGAAGUCAAAACGCCCAGGUCGCCAAGAUGAUGAGGAGAUCGUCAAUGAUAUCAGGGGCUUCCCCUAUGCACAUCUCCCACCCCAACCCCCUCGCUCACUACCCCCCACAGCCGAGGAGGAGCAGCUGAUGGAUAUGGAGGAACCAGGCUAUCAGCUCAUACCCAAAGAGGAACCGGGACCUGUCAUUUAUCAGAGUAUUGACGACCCAGACCUGAAGCAGACCCACCCGGUCACCCCUCCCUCAGUACCUGCCCCUCGAUCCGACACUGCCCCCCACACAGAGACAGCUGGCUCUACAAUCAGCGGCCCCCUGUCAACCACCGGCCCACUCUCGGCCACCUCGCAGGAGGAGUCUGAGCCAGACCCCAACGCCACUUACGCCUCGGUUGACAUUCACAAGAAAAGAGCAUCUCGUCGGCAAAAGGAGAAAGAAAAGAAAGAGAAAGAGAUAGUAAAAGAGGAGCCACCGCAAGAGGACUCGUGGGUGUAGCUCAUUCUGUGUGUCUAAUUCAAACUCAACAGUAACUAUUAUUUUUAGGAUGCAAUGUCACCCCCUUUUUGUGCACCUUCUGACCAGCUUACAUUCAACCACCUUCUAAUAAUUAUAGUCCUAUAAUUAUGUAUGACAUGUAUUUCAUCAAUGCUGCGAAUGCAGACUAGAUCACCAUGGCUAUAGAUGUAACUUGUACACAUGCAGUUUUUAUCAAACAUUCUAUAUGAAAUUAUUGUGUAAUCGG